UUCGUCUCUUGAAUUCGAAUGACUUCCAUUUCGAUAAAUGGAAAAGAUAGGGGGAAAAAUAAUAAAAAAUCUAAUUUUCAUAAUUUAAGCGAAUUAAAAAGAAACGAUUUAAAUGGAACGUCGUGGAUAUUGUUUUUCGAAUAUUUACGGUUACAUAUUUUUUGGAUAUUUGCGAUUAAAUUAAAGAUAUUGCGAGUUUCGUACGUGGAGUAUACGUAGUACGCAGCAGCGCGACAAACCAACAGCAAAACUCGGCGGACAUUAUCUCGAGUCAUGAGGUCAGUUUUGAAUCGUCGUAUCUCCCUGGAAGUAGCUUCAACUUUCAGAUAACGCGUUCUAGAUAGUAACCCACGUCCGCGUUUGCUCAAUAUUUUCUUUUUCCUUCGACCAAAUUCAGAGAACUGGUCGUAUCUAACCAUUCGAUAUUGUAAUUCGCAUCUAGAGAAACUAGAUCUACGUAAUAACAUGAGAUUUUUCUUUUGAUAAUCACGCAUCGACGGAUUAAGAAAAAUAAUUAUAAUUAUAAAAAUUCUUAUCGAAAACUCGAGGUUAUUUAAAAUUUCCUCUAAAAGAUUAGAAGAUCAGAAGAUAGUAACUCCGUUUAUAAACACGCAUAGGUUCACCAAGAGAGAGAGAUAAAAGAAGAAAAACGCCGUUCUCGUGGCCAUAUCGCGCUAUCUUUCUCCUAAAACGAAGCAAGCUGACCAACCUAGGUCUAAAACGUUUCGCCGAAUCGUUUCGUCCGCUCUUGCGAAACGGUUCGCGCAUGGAACAAAAAUAAACGUGUAUUCGAAAGGAGCGCGUCGUUGGCGCGUCGGUGGCGUCAUCGCGAUUCGCAUGCGCGAAAUUAUCGAGCGGCUCUGACGAGCGAGAGUCGAGUCGUCGGUUUCGUUGUCUGUCCCUCCGCCGUGGCGAGCGUAAACUGAACGGUGCGUGGUGUGACCGUGUGAGUAAGAGGCGAGCAGUAGCACGAGCACGACGCGAAUCCAAUCUCGUGGCAACGGGUCUCGGCUGAAGGAGAAGAGAAAAAACUAGGCAGUAUGGCCACCUCGAGGAGAAGAUCGCGCAUCUAACAACAGGAGGCGAGAUGCCGAUCUCAGCCGGUUCGCGGCUGACCUCUGUCGUUCCGUUCGGUUCCUACGUGACCACGUCUCUCGGCUGGCCGUGAUUCGAGGGAAACGCGCGCCUCGCCUCGCCUCGCCUCGCCUCGCCUCGCUCGCUGUUGUCUCUCUCUCCAAGUGAUCGUGGCGACAGAACGCCAGCAGGAAUCGCGGCGUGAAAGCACGAGGAGGGCUGGGCAUGGCCACUCUGGCUGGCAGCUCGUCGUCGGGCCUGGCCAGGCCACCGACCAUGCUGGAGCAGCUUCUCGAGGAGAUCAACUUUCAGAGGACCAAGGAGCUCCGACAGAUGCUCAAGGAUGACUCCGGCUUCGUGAUACUUCAAGGUACAACCUACUGGACGGACCUGUUUGUCAGGCACUUCCUCUUCCAGGCAGAGCACACGAUCGACGGCGACGACUUGCUGUUCUUCGUGCGAAAGAAGCACGUGAAGACGUCGUCGAGAUACUUGCCAAAAUUCGAGACGGAGGUGGACGUGUUCCGGAAGGACAGCAAGAAGCUGCCCAUCGGCGAUCCCGACAUCGAUUGGGAGGAAACCGUGUACCUGAAUCUGGUCGUGCAUCAAUUCGACUACACGCUCACCUUAGCUAUCUGCACAAGGACGAGCCCCAAGGAAUUGCAAGUACUGCGCAGGCACUCGCAAAAAGUGUACGCGAGCCCCAGCCGAAGACGAAUGGACGCGAAGGGUGAUCUCGAGGAGAUGACCUAUCCCCAUAUAUGCUUCAUGGUGGACAAUUUCGACGAAGUUUUCUGUGAUAUUCUAGUCAGGGACGGGGAGAUGGUGUGCGUUGAAUUGGUGGCGUCCGACAGGGAGGGCGCGAUUCAAGGCGUCAUAUUUCUCGGCUCUAUCAGAUACGACGCCCUGAAGAAGGUCUACGACGCCAGGUCCAGCUUGAGCACCAAAAUGGCGCAGCGAAUGACCUUCGGCCUGUUUUCCGGCGCGGCCUCCCAGCGCAUAGAAUUCGUUCGAAUGAAGGGGCCUCGUGGGAAGGGGCACGCGGAGAUGGCUGUGACGAAGCCGAAGGGUUCGGGGGCGGAGACGCCGACCUCGGAGCCCGGCUACUGCGCCACGGAUUCCCUGUGGGACGCCGACUGGGACGACGCCGAGGAACUGUUUCUGUAUCGACAUCAACGAAGGCUAUCCGACCCGAGCGCGAACCUGAACAAUUUCGUGCGUGGCGGGUGGAGGACGAAGCCGGAUACGGCCGCGACCAAGGCAAGGUCGGAGAACGAAGGUCUGGACUCGAUGGCGAACGGGUUGAACGAAAUCGAAGCAGGAGACGUUCGUGACGCCGACCUACAGGAUAGCAGCUGGGGCGGCCGGGGCUCACCAGGAAAUCACAGGAGUCCGCACGUCAGGCGACGAAGAUCCCCUCACCUUCCCGCCAGGCAACAACGCCCGAAACACAAGCAACGUAACUCGUGGGAGCGUAGCGAAAACGAGAACGGAACGCCGAAUCACAAGGAGGCCUAUCGCGACACACACGGCCUCCAGAAUCACCGGCACAACCAUAUCGAGGUCGGUAGCGAGAUACUCGUCCCCGCGGCCCCUUGCUUGACGGACGACAACGUGAGACAGAAGCUGGACGCGGGCGCGAUACUGGUUCACGGGAAGGAGGAGCUCCCGUUGGGAUACGAGGAGGCGGACAAUAACAGGAAACGAAGGCCGUACAGCACGGGGCAGAUCAAUCACGAGCGGAUCAACAACCUGGAGAACGACGAGGAGCACCGGCGGCUGAGCGACGACGAAUUGGUGAGGGUUCGGCGCACGGAGGGGGGGCGCAGGCGGCUACGCUCGGCCGGCUCCGACCAGGAGGAAUACUACACGGGGCGGAACAAGAACAAAAACGACGACCAGUUGAGAGAUAAAAACGCGAACGCGCGCAUUACGCGCGGCAACCUGACCACGCACAGGCAGAGCGCCACCCUGCCCAGAAGGAGGCGAAGACGAGCGUUGUCGGGCAGCUUCGCGGGCAACCCACUACCGCCGCACCGUGUCACACCAGACGGAACAGCUAUCUACUAUUGGUGCGAGCUCCCGCGCCGCCCCGGCUCACAGGGAUCAUUACGAUCGACGUGACAGAUUCGUUAGCGAUAAUCGAUUGGUUCUCUCUGUGCCGGCAGAGCUGGACGACGGCGCUUACAACCCUCUGUGGACUAUGAGAGGAUUCACGCAGACGUUCCACUUCUGGAAAGAGACCAGGCGAGCCCAAUCCGUUCCACUCAACGCGUUUCUCACGUAUAUUACUCUGCCUUGGUGGAGCAUUGCCAAAGGUGAGAUAAAAACGAGAAACCCUCGUUCACGGAUAAAUUGUUCACGAUUAUUUUCACGCUUUCUUUCAGAUAUUCUCGAUCAUCGAGAAGGACCUAUAUUAACGUUCUAGCCGACACGAGGACGUCCCAUUUUUAUUUCUAUCGGAUCUCUCUUUUCCAUUUCGUUCCCCACUUUGUACGCACUUGGAUAGAACGCGCGUGGCCCAACAAAACCGAAUGUAUAGAAUAAGAAAUAAACGAGAUACCAUUUAUAA